AUGGAUGGCGAGUGGGAACCGCCAAUGAUCGAUAACCCGGCCUGCAAGGGUAUAAGCGGAUGCGGUCCAUGGAAGAAGCCCUUGAUCCCGAAUCCUCUUUAUAAGGGUAAAUGGGUCCGUCCACGUAUCCCUAAUCCUGCUUUCAAAGGAGUUUGGGCUCCUCGACAGAUAGCAAACCCUAACUAUUUCGAGCCCAAAGCAUACGAAGGGCUUGCACCGAUCACCACAAUUGGUAUCGAAUUGUGGACCAUGAGCCAAAAUAUCAUUUUUGAUAACAUACUUGUUUGUGAUUCGGAGAGUUUGGCUACUGAGGUGGCUAAGCAAACGUACACGGUACGUCGUGCGGAAGACCAACGACUAGCAAGCAGUCUGGGCAAGGGUGCUGGUAUAUUACAGGGUAUCAUCGAUGCAGCAAACGUUUGUUAUUCGUUUUUUAUCAUUUUUUUCAUUUUUCUGUUAUUUCUUGGAUUUUUAUAACA